ACCUUCCUCCCUCAUUCACCUGAAUUUUCUUCUUCUUCUUCUUCUUCUUCUUCUCUUCUUUUGUGGGGCGGUUUGAUUGAUGAUGUCCGCCAUUUCCAUGAUGACCCUUUCCUUCUCCUCCUGACGUUCGUGUUCUUUCGGUCUUGCCACAACUUCCAGUAGUUAAAGGGAUGGAGGAGUCCUCCCUCUCAUCUUGAUUUUCCAUCUCCUUGAACUUUCCCGAGAAAAAGAAGAAGAAGAAAGUAACUUUCUUUUUUGCAAGAAUCACGAGCUUUUCCAAGCGACUCCGUGGGAUUGCCUUUUGGUGAUCAACUGAUCUGCACGGCUUGGAGAGAGAGAGGGAGAGAGAGAGAGAUCUCGGUGGUCUUUGUUUUCCCGGGAAAGAAACCACCUCCGAAUGACCCGCCAGAAAACCAAGAAUCCAUCACCAACCACGACGCGUCAUGUCGUGCUCCGGCCGGCGCCGGUCAACCGCCGGGAUCCGCUCCUGACCACUGCACGGCCGCCGCCGCCCCCCUCUGGCGCCCGCCGUGCCCGGCUUGCGGAGGUGGCGGGCGCCUCCUCUGCUGAGUGCGUGGCCAUCUGGUGCUGCUGCCCGUGCGCGAUCGCGGACUUCUUCCUGCUCGCGGUCUACCGGGUGCCGGCAGGGCUGUGCCGCCGCGCUCUGAGGAAGCGCCGCCGCCGGAGGCUGACGAGGCAGGUAGCGUUCACGUCCAAGAGGGGAGUCAGGAGCGGCAAGAAGGGCACGUCGGUGCACGACGGGGACGGGGAAGGGAACGGCGGCAAGGGCGCCGACGUGGAGAAUGCCGGGCCGGCAGUGAUAACGCUGGAGGAGUUGCUGGAGAUGAGGGCCGCGGCGGCGGCGGCCGCCGAAGGCGUGGAGGAGGGGGCGGAGAUGGAGGUGGAGAUGUGGAGGAGGUUCUCGAACAUGGGGUUUUGGAGGAGUCCUUCCAGGGGUGAUGAGGUGGAGGAGGAGGAGGAAUGUAACGCCAUGCAAAAUUUGACUCUGCAAAAAUUUUAGCCGAAGUCGACGAGAAUUCCAUCUUUUUUGCCCUUUU